UGGGUCGCUGCCGCCGCCCGGAUCUGGUUAAGAAUAAGACUUGGGUUUGAAGUGUUUGAGCAACUUGCUACUGCCCAAGUCAUGACACUCCCAUUUCGAAAGGACUUGGACAAGUACAAAGAUCUCGAUGAGGACGAAAUUCUUGGCAAACUUUCGGAAGAAGAACUGAAACAACUGGAAACUGUUUUGGAUGAUCUUGACCCUGAGAACGCGCUUCUGCCUGCAGGCUUCCGACAGAAAGACCAGACUGCUAAAAAGGCUUCAGGUCCCUUCGACAGGGAGCGACUCCUUGCAUAUUUGGAGAAGCAGGCUCUUGAGCACAAAGACAGGGAAGACUAUGUGCCUUUUACAAGAGAAAAGAAAGGGAAAAUAUUUAUCCCCAAGCAAAAGCCUGUACAGUCUUAUACAGAAGAAAAAUUCUCUCUUGAUCCAGAACUGGAGGAAGCCUUGACCAGUGCCACAGACACAGAAUUAGGUGACCUUGCAGCUAUACUGGGAAUGUCCAACUUGAUAACAAACAAUCAGUUCUGUGAUGUAGUAGGAAGCAGUAAUGGGGUUGACAAAGACAGCUUCUCAAAUAUAGUAAAAGGUGAAAAAAUGUUGCCUGUUUUUGAUGAACCGCCAAAUCCCACAAAUGUGGAGGAGACACUGCAAAGGAUUAAAGAUAAUGAUUCUCGUCUUGUUGAAGUUAAUCUAAAUAACAUUAAGAACAUACCAAUUCCAACGCUGAAAGAAUUUGCAAAAGCCUUAGAAACCAACACAUAUGUGAAGAAUUUUAGCCUUGCAGCCACCCGAAGCAAUGAUCCUGUUGCUGUUGCUCUUGCAGAUAUGCUGAGAGUAAACACAAAAUUAAGAAGUUUAAACAUAGAAUCAAACUUCAUCACUGGAGCUGGAAUUUUGGCACUGGUCGACGCGCUGAAAGACAAUGAAACAUUGACAGAGAUCAAAAUUGAUAAUCAGAGGCAGCAGCUGGGCACAGUUGCAGAAGUAGAAAUUGCAAAGAUGCUUGAAGAAAACACCAAGAUCCUCAAAUUUGGAUACCAUUUCACACAACAGGGACCUCGAGCCAGGGCAGCUGCAGCUAUCACAAAAAAUAAUGAUUUGGUUCGUAAGAGAAGGGUUGAAGGAGACAACUAGUAGAUCUUGUUGUCAAAACCAUGUGGAGAUUUCAAGGGUCGUCAAGGCACGCUCAUUACCGUGGGCUUUGGCAAUCUUGGACUACAUUUACCUGGGUUAGAAGGGAAAAGACUGGAAACCUCAUUCCUUUUAAAGCAAAGCUAUAUUAAUAAUCUGCUGGUAUGCAUCACAUUUUUCAGAUUGAGACACAGUAACUGCACCAGUCUCUGUACCAUAGUUUUCGAUUGUUUUUAAGAACUUUUUUGUAUUUCAAGACUUCGGCUGUGCUUUCUACUAAAAAUGUAAUUGCCAAUCAAUGGUAUAAUUGUCUGUAGUCAAAGAAUGGGACAUUCAAAAUCAUUGGGCAGAUAAUGACCCAACUGAAAUAUUUGUUAGAAAAUCUGGGGUUGCUUAUUUACAUGGAGGGGUGUGUAUAUUCUUGAAAACAAUGCAUUAGUGAUAAGGGAUUCUUCACACAACAGUUGGACUCAUUGUAUAGAGCUGCUCAGCCUUGUUCAUAUGCACUGAAGAGAAAGUUUUCGCAGCUAUCUUAUUUGUAAUUAUUUUUUACUUUUGAUUCGUUCUUCAUACUGUGAUUAAGUUUAAAGACAUCCCUGUAAACCAAACAAAAAUAAAUUGGCUAAGAACUUCUCCCAAGAGAUUUGAGGGACUAAUAAAAAAGUGGAAGCCUUGCAAAAUGACAGUUUUUCUAUUACAUCUAAAUCCUUAAAGUCUUUUUCAAAAUGUCCCAUAACUGUAUCUUGCUCUGUAUCUAAACUGGAUAUGUUUUAAGACUGAUUUCAUGUGUUCAUCAGCAUUAUUUAGUUUAUAUUCUUCAUUUAAAAAUCCUUAUCUACAUUCAUAAGUAUCUUUCUCUAGAAGUAGUGGACAUGCAUUUGUUAAAUUCUGCAUAAUUCUGUACAGGCGAAGCAGCCUUAACUGUAAAACCACUGUCCUUAAUUUGCUGGCAAACAGAAAAAAUCCUUUUUUUUCAAGCUGUUGCAUUAAGCUAUUAGUACUUCAUGUAAAUCUAUCAUUUUUUAAUAAAGCAGUGAAGUAACACUUCUAAGAAAGGAUUUUUCUAUUCUACUUAUGUAUCGAUGUUGAAACACUACAUAAGACAAGCAGAAAUUAACCAAUAUGCAGUGUCAAAUCUGUAUGGUGUAGUAAUUAUUAAAGUAUUUAAAGUUCUAUAUCUAAGCAAACUAAUAAGGUGACAAGAAUCACUUCAACUUCUGUACAUAAUCACAGUAGACUUCUCUGAAAUAAUAUGAAAAUCUAGAGGCUUUUUGGUGUAGGUCUGUUUGGACUGUACUGUACUAGUUUGCUCCAUGUUGUCAUGAGGUCAUAAACUCUCAAAAAUGUUCUAAAGGACUGCUCGGCUAUAUUUAUAGCAACAGAGAAGCCAACUGACAACUCUUUUCAUCAAAGGAUCAUAAUAUGGUGAGCAUUUUAUGCAUAGAAGACAUAUUGGACUGAUAUUUUUGCAUCAGGUUCUAUAUACUAUAAAAACUUAACAGAGCAACUCUCUGACACUGUUCCCAUGUUGUAAUUUGCUGCAAAUCUUGUUUUGGAUCUUUAAAGACAGACUUUGUUCUGGAGGUGACUUUGAAUUUCACUGCAACUGUACAGAGAAUUUUAAACUUAUAGUGCCUUCAGUGAAGAUGUAUAUAACUGGUUUAUACUUGUGGAGAACAUUUUUUUUUUUCCUGUUUCAAAAUCAGCCUUUUAUUAUAGUUACAAAUAAAUGUGUGCUCUGAAAAGCAAGUCGGAAUGACUUCUGUUAAAACCAAAGACUAUACAUACUAUAACUUUGAAACAACUAGAAGUAACCUGGCUAGUAACAAAAAGGGCUUCUUUUGGUUUUGGCUUUUGUAAGUUUUCAAGAACUUUUAGAUUUUGAAAUUUACAUUAUUACAUAGUAUGCAUAAAGUCACAAGUUAAGUGUCUUUUUACAGACAGUGCUGUAUAAACAUGGCCAAAGCAUGUCAUGUGCUGAGUUGCCUAAAGCUGUACUUUACUUUUUAUUUGCUAGGCACCAUAAUAAUUUUAUGUCAAAAAACCAGGCUGUAAUAUCUUCCUUCAUUUGUUGAAGGGCUGCGUGUUCCUGGGAAUCUGUUCACGUAUUGUGAUUCUAUGAUGAUUUAUUUUAUCAUUAUCUAACAAGAUUAGGCCGUUAUCUCCUACUUGAAGAUGGAGAAAAAUGAAAGGCUGGAUUAUGGAAAUGAUAGCCCAAAUCCCUUCCUUACUUUAUUAAAUCAAGUUUAGCUGCUUAAUGGUUUAUAUUCCAAUCAAAUGCAGGGGCUUUAAGCUGCAACUCUCAGGUGUCCUGUCACAGAUGAUAGUAGUGGACCUUAAUGAUUGGUUUAGCUCUGUAGGCAGCAGCUAAACUAAGUAUUUGACUGCUUGUUGGCACUUUCAGGAUAGAUAUCUGACAGGCUGGGCAUAGAAAGCUAGUUCUUUUCAACCAGAAGGGUUUGGCCCUCCAAAUUGUUGCAAGACAUUUGGCAUGGUGCAUGGAACAGUUACAAUAAUCACUUUUGUGCCUACGAUGUGUAUCCUUUUUGGAAUAAAUGAAGGAAUUCAGUCUGUAGCCAAGAAUCAUAAACAAUCUCAACAAGCAAAGUGAACACUGAUGUAGUGCUAUCAAGCGUAGUGAGAUUUUUGUGUAUGACUUUGUUAUUUUUGAGUGCAAAAGUGGUAUUACUUUGAUAACAAGCUACUACAAACACAAGGUCUUUCCAAAAGAGGUGAUACUUUUUUCUUCUUAAUUAUUUUUCAGGCUUAAUGCAGAAGUCAAAUGACCACAUACAUUGAGUCUGCUGGUUCCAAGCUAAGCAUGGAAACAUAGCCUAUAUUCCAAAGCAAUUAGCUAUUUACUGUUGUGUCUUAAAGAAACAGCCUCAUUCUCUCUACAGCUUGAGUAAUACUGUUUGUAAGCUACAAACGAGCAAGUGUUCAAUUUAAAUUUCCAUUGAGGAAACAUGAAUUGAGUGUUUUCGCGUAUCAGCACUAUAUGCUGUCAGAUUGUAAACCAGUAAAAGUUUUGGAUGAUUAAAGUACUGUAUUCUUU